AUGUCCCCGAACGCCACCCCACGCGCAUGGGGUUGGUGGAGUAGCGCUGACGGGCGGACGCCAUGUCGCCGACACGCUCCACAGCACCAUUUGUCAACCGGGCGACAAAUGAUCGGUCUCCGGGCGCUGGCAGCGCUGCUGCUCAUUCUGGCAGUUUUGCCGACCGCUUUGUGCCACCCGAGAAGUUACAGUGCCGGCAUCGACCAUACCGCAUCGAUUGCAGCCAAUGGAACAGCUAACAGAACCGCCAACACGUACAAACGCACAGCUCCGCAAACAAACGGUGCGCUACCGUGGAAGGGGCCGUCGCCGCUAGCAACAUCAGCAACGACAGGUAGGGUGACAUCGCCGGCGGGUCGGCGAAUUCUGCGGCCGCAACGCGUACACCACCACCGCACCGGAGACGUCCGCGUCGGGCGCAACACGGGCGCAGGCGGUACAGUCAACGAUCAGAUAGGCGCUAGCAUUCAUAAACACCAUAGCAAAUCGAUCGAUCGAGUUCCAACGGUAAAGCAGCGUAUGUACAAGAAUGUCCAGCAAGGCUCCGUCACGCUGGAGAUGGGUAGUCAGGCAUUUCUGGAACCGGACCAGAACUUAACGCUAGCGUUUGCCACCAAGCAAGAUUCUGCUGUACAGCGACAACGUAAUUCCUCGGCGAAAAGAAAAAACGGACGACAACAGCACGGUUCCCAUCAUCACGUUAAAGGACCGGGCAGUAUGGUGGCCGGCGGUGGACCCAGACGUAAUGGAUCACCUCCACAGCUGAAGUUCACAAACAUUGGCGAUCUGUGUAUCAGAUGCCCGCCGGAGCGGACGGCGAUCGCACGGAAAGGGCUGGACGGUGUUAUGAUUGAACCGCCGUGCCUGUCCACCUGCAAUGGACGACCGAUAUCCAAGGAACUGUACGAGCUGGAAACGCUGUUCGGACCGAAGGCAAACUUUGUGCUGCCCCAUUCGAAUGGGCCUCCGUACAGCUUCCUGGCGAAGGUGAUCAGCAAACAGACGGGCAACACGGUGCUUACCUGCGAUCUGCGUUACCGGGUGAUCGUGAAGCAGUGCAAACGGUACAAGCCGAAGAAUCGCGAUCUGAAAGUAAGCUGCAGUCUGGGGCAUAUCUGGGGUUCGCGCUGUACGUUCCAUUGCCGGAGCGGGGGCUAUCUUAGCCGACCGAACUCCUACGUCGAAUGUGGCGAGGAUGAGCUGUGGGAAGGAGAAGAACCGUACUGCGUGUUUAAUGAUGUAUCCGACGAUUAUGCGGCCGAUAGCGAUACGGCGAACGUUGCAGGCGAUUGCCAGCUGGAUAUUCCGCCGGAAAAUGGACGCUUUGCCUGUGAUCUGAGAGACAACGAAAGUGCUUCGAACGAACUGGCCGUCCCGAAUGGUACCGCGUGCCAGGUGAAGUGUAACGACGGUUACCAUGUCCCUGGACAUCUUCAACCUGCCAUUUACUUCCAGUGCAGCGACGGUCAAUGGAACAACACUAUGCGUCCCUUCUGCUAUAAACCGACACCAAUCCCUGGCGGAAAUAGCCAGCGGCGUCGAGUAUACGGAUAG